ACCUAGGUAGUUACCAGUAUUAUAUUGAGGGGUGGUGGAGUCGCCCAGCUCUUACAAAAAUCCCACCAUGGCGUUCUCGUGCCGGAAUAAUAUAAGGGCUUUCACCCAGCAGUCUUUUUUGCAGAUCUUGAGCGGGCUGGUUCAGUGACGACUUCUGGAAGACUGGACGUGAAAAUAAUUUCAGAUCUCAUCUUUGCACCAACAACUACUGUGCUUGCUUGCUUGCUUGCUUUCCUCGGUCUUGAUAUCGUCCUCCCGUUCUCGCGACUUACCCCUCGCCCUCCUGAUCGACAUGUCUCAGUCCUCUCCGCCACGGAUCCUUAUUGUCGGUGCCGCCUACAGCGGGCUGUACGCGGCUCUCAAUCUGCUGAAUGUCUGCGAUGGAAAGCCCCAUUUUCCUUCUGUCCUAAAGCUUGCAGAGGCGCGCGUGCCUGAUGUUAUACCACACAUUACCAUCCUCGACGAAAGAGAUGGAGUCUUCCACACAAUGGGUACACCGUUGGUGCAUGUGUAUGACAGCGUGACCGACCAUGCCUGGAUCAGCUACCGCGACAUCCCCGCCUUGAAGAGACCGAAUGUGGAUAUUCUGCAAGGAAGAAUAGUCGAGAUCGACCCUCUGAAGAAGACGGCAUGGUGGCGGAGUACCAAGACACCGGAAGACGAAACCGAUCGCGUGAUUCAGUAUGACUAUCUCAUCGCAGCCACCGGGCUUCAUCGCGACUGGCCCGUCCUGCCUAAAUCCCAGAACAGACAGGAAUACCUGGAUGAUGCGAUGAAGCAUAUCAACGCGCUGAAGGGCUCCCUGGACAAGCCAAUUGUCGUUGUUGGAGGCGGAGCCGUGGGAACGGAGUUUGCAGCGGAGAUCAAGCAUCACCACCCAGAGCAGCGCGUAGUACUCAUCCACUCUCGAGGAACUCUUCUUUCUAACGAGCCUCUCCCGGAAGAAUUCAAGGAGAACACCCUGAAGACUCUGCGCCAAGAUGGCGUAGAGGUGCUUCUCGAAACUAGAGUGACCGGCGAGACAUCUGAGCCUGCGAGUGAAGGUAACCCUCAAAGGACAACCCUUAAGCUAUCGAACGGAGAGGAUCUAGUGGCUGGACACACAGUCUGGGCAACAAGCCGUCAUCUCCCGAGAACAGAAUUCCUUCCUCGAGAAGCAGUGACAGAGGAUGGAUAUGUCAACGUAUUGCCCACUCUGCAAUUUUCUCCGACUAUCCCUAAUAACACCGACCACUUCGCCGUCGGUGAUAUCACUGCUUGGUCCGGGAUCAAGCGAGUCGGACGCGCCCUCUCGAUGGGCCAGUGCGCCGCUGUAAACAUUCUGCAGCUCAUGGCAGCCGCCUCGAAGCAGCGAAAGGAGGGAGAAAAGUUCGAUCUCUACGAUUAUCCGGAAGUGCCGCCUAUGAUGGCGCUCGCUCUGGGCAGCACUGCUGUGACAUACCACCCUGACAUGGGUGUGUCGGGUGGAGCAGAGGCAUAUAAGACCUCGUUUGGAACAGACCUGGGCCUAUCAAUCUGCUGGAACAUCCUAGGCCUUCCACUGCCCGUUUCAGCCACGGCAUAGGCUCCAGUGUGGUUCUUUUUUUUCUUUUCGGUUUCCGCCGGAGAAUCAACGGUUCAUAGGGAUACAUGGGUUUUGCGGCGCAAUUAUUAGCUAGGUGUUUUUUCGUGGGUCCAUAGAGAGCACGAAUCAGUGAUUCAAUUCAAUCGCUUCCAGAUUCAACAUAACCACUCGCUGCAUGUUAUGAGACUAUCUGGCGCAUAGAAUGAACAAACGAAUACAUGGCAUCGCCGUGAUAGGAGCUUAAUUUGUCAACCGUAGCGAAGGGGUCCAAUGCUGAGUAGUCACAGUCGGUUUUCCAGGGCCGUAAAGCCCAAUUUAGUACGCC